AGUGAGAAGACUGCUAAAACUCGUCUGUAUCUCACAGCUCAGGGGCUAAUCUCUUGAAGCCACUCUCAGACACACACAGAGCUCUCAGCAUGACUUCUAACAACAGAAUCCAAGGUGGAAAAGCAUUUGGAAUUCUAAAGGCACAACAGGAGAUCAGAUUGGAGGAAGUAAACCAGGAAUUCCUUACAGAUGAAAAGUACAAGGAUGAUGAGGAUCUGGAAGAAAAACUCAUGUGUUUUAAAAAAAAAUACAUGGAUUUUGAUCUAAAUGAUCAAGGAGAGAUCGACAUGAUGGGAUUGAAAAUGAUGAUGGAAAAAUUAGGGGUUCCAAAAACCCAUUUGGAAGUAAAGAAGAUGAUCGCAGAAGUAACAGGAGGUAUCAGUGACACUAUCUGCUACCGAGACUUCGUAAAAAUGAUGCUGGGGAAGAAAUCAGCUGUACUGAAACUUAUCAUGAUGUUUGAAGGACGAGCCAAUGAAGCAUGCCCAAAGCCAACAGGCCCACCACCAAAGAGAGACAUCACCAGCCUCCCCUGAAGGAGCUAUUCAUAGUCAGGACCUCUGUCUUACGUCUCUGCGUCCAAAGCCAAGUAUUAUGGUGUACUGCUACACAGAACAAUUUCCAGCCAGCCAUGUGCCUUAGGAGAGGGCAUGUGAGGCCCUUUCCAAACUUGCCUCUUCUUUUUAUCUCACAGCCAAUAUUUCCUUUGUUAAAUCUUCUAGAACGUCUGUUUUAUUUAUUAGAGGGUGUAAAUUGCAGGAAGUGUCAGCUUUUGGACUGUAGAGGACAUUGGGGGAAAUCGUCAUACCUCGGAUAUGGUCCAAUUCUUUACGGCCGAUCUGCUGUGAAUUUAGGUGAAAUGCGUUAUCUCCUAGUGCCUCAGCUUAGCUAACAAAAUUUGAUGUACGUUUGGCAUUCCCAAUCAGAAUAAUAUAAGCUCCUUCGAGCAUUGAUUUGCAUAGCACAUUUUUAAAGCUUUGUAAAGAUGACCUGUAUUCUAUACAUUGCACUGCAGGCCUUUCUAGACAGCAAACGUGUUGUGGCCUAAUGCCCUUAUCUGAUUAUUUUAACUAUGUAUAUUUUGUAAAGAGUUGUGUAUACUACCA